GACACUACCACACCAUCACUCCAUGAGCGAGCCUGAACAAUCGCGAGGAUCAACGCGAACAAGACAGUAGAGAGAGAGAGGGAGAGGGAGAUGCUUGAUCGGUCUGCGGGAGGCAUGGGAGGGGAUCGCCGGGCUCUGAGCCUGACGAUCGCCGGCGCGAUCCUCCUCUGCUCGUGCUUCGCUCGGGUGCGGUGCGGCGACGAGCAUGAGCAGGAGCAGGAGAUUCAGAGGCUCAGGUCCAAGGUCGCGUCGCUGGAGGACGAGGUCGGCUGGAGGAAGGACGAGACCUCGCAGCUCGAGAGCGUCGUCAGGGAGAGGACGGCGCAGAUCGCGGCGCUGGUCGGCGGGCUAGAAGCUAUGCAGGUGAGGAAUGUGGCCGACGAUGAAUCUGUGGUGAAGGCGAGCACCAACAGUGCCAUGAUCGAGAAGCAGAUUGAGAGGCUGGGCAGUGAUUUGGAAGACCAGGUUAAGAAAGGGGAGCUGUUGGAAGCCCGGGCCAGCGAAGCAGAGAAAAGCCUGCUUGAGCUCGGUCAGAAGUUGGAUCGCGUUGAGAAGAUAAACGCUGAGCAGAGGAAGAAAAUCGAGGAGCUCGAACAGGAUCUUCAGCAUUCAAGGGGUAAACUGUCUGAAAUGCAAAGACAAGCAAAACUGAAGGCUCGAGAGUUGGCAAAUGUUCAUGGCAUGUGGCUUCCGUAUUGGUUCGCAUCGCGCUCUGUACAUUGCCAGGAACUAGCAUCUGCCAAAUGGCAUCUCCAUGGGAAGCCUGUGCUUGAUGCUCUGAUGGAGAAGGUUGCUGAGACGCUGGCACAUGCACAAGCACUGGUGGAACCACAUUUGCAGGCAACAAAAAAUAAGCUGGUGCCUGUUGCCAAAGUUCAUUUCAACUCACUGAAGAGCAGCACAAAGCCAUACGUGUCGUCGGUAGCUGCCAGGAUCACCACAGCCUACAGAGCUUGCGAGGAUGCCAUCCAACCAUGCGUGGUUAAGUCUCAAGAGUUUGCAGAUCACUACUGGCAGGAAUGCAGGAAGUUCUCCGGGCCACACGUCGCGCGGAUCACUGCAGCGUCUGAACCUCACCUUUCGGCCCUCGAGCCUUACACGAGGCCUGUCAAGUCUGUUUGGAGGCAGCUCGUUAUGGCGACGAGCAUGUACCAUACUCAGGUUCAGAAAGGAAUCAGUGGCUUCAUGGAGGGCAGCGAGCUGCUGGACCCACUUUCAGCUCGUAGAUUGGCGUGGUGGAUGGCGACCGCCUUGUUCGGGCUGCCGAUGUUGUACACCUACAAGAUCUGCUCAGCCACCGUCCGCAAGAAAAUUCAGGCGGCGAGACCUGAGAGGCGGAGGCAGAUCUUCUAACCGCAGGCGCGCGCGCAGGGUCGACGAGUG